UCACGAAUGCACAACAGUCGAGCACUCCUCGGUUUCCAGUCGGGCGGAAACACGAAUUCCCCCAAGCCAACUGCCUCAGCAACUCAUUCUGUCCUGUCGGACGGUCUUCCACAACCCCAGAGCCAACUGGCCAGCUCCACAAACUCAUGCUUCGAGUCGUCGCAUGUGUCGGCAGAAAUGACUCAUCUGUCGGUUGGUAGCGGGCAUUUCAGGAUCCCAAUUGAUCGCGACCUAUCGCAGUUGCGUUGGCGCCAACAACAUGAACCGAUUGGACAAAAUCCACCUUCUUUUGCUUGCAUGAACCGUCCUGUACCCACCCGACCCGUAGAGCGUGGUUACCGCGACCUGCUUUCCGCUCUGGCCGCGGGCAUUCACCUGGUACGGUUGAACCAUAAUCCGCAACAGCUGUCGGCUCCGUACACCUCGUUCACCUCGUCCACCCUUUCCGUUGUGUGA